AUGCCCGGCGCUCUACAACGCCUGCUGCUCCUGGCCUGCUCGCUGGCCUGGGCAGCGGGCGACGAACUGCUCGUGGGCCCAGAGGCGCAGCCCGAACCACAGCCGGUAGAACCCGCCUAUUGGGGCGACCGCAUCAUCAACGUGUGCACCGCGGAGACCGUGCCAGGCGAGUGGGCCGCGUGCCGCCGCCGGCCACCUACCGCCGCCAGCAACCACUGGUGGCUCGCCCCGCGGCUGUAUGAGGUGGUGCUCUUCCGGCGCGUGGCGGCGCAGCUGGGGUGGGCAGAGAACAGGCUCAACUGGACCUGCUGGGAGGAUUACGAUGCCAUGCUCGGCCACCUGGCUGCCGGGGAUGGCGUGUGCGACGUCAGCCCGGCCGCCAUCGGCGUCACCCCGCUCACCCUGCAGGCCGGCUACGUCUUCACCUACCCCACUCUCAGCGCGGGCUACAGCGUCAUGGUUUCCACCACGCAGGCGGGGGUGGACUACUGGGUGUUCAUGGAGUCGUUUGAGUGGAGCCUGUGGGUGGCGCUGGUGCUGACCUGCGUGGGGGUGGGCGUCGUGCUGUGGCUGCUGGAGCCGUGGGCCAAGCCGCAGCGCCGCCCCACGCGGGCCGACUUUAAAGCAGAGGACCUGCAGGAGCACGCCCGCGACAUGAGCGGCCGCUCGCUGGCAACCAACCUGGUCAUCAUGAUCUUUGCCUUCAUGAUGCUUAUCAUGGUUGCCAUCUACACCGCCAACACCUCCGCCAACCUCACCGCCAGCCUCAUGCAGACCCGCAUCACAGGGUAUCAGGACCUGCCCGGCAAGCGGGUGGUCACCUGGGAUGAUUCCGAGUAUCUCGGGGAUCUGGCGCGGCGGGGGGUCAUAGCCACGGGGCUGCCCUGGGAUACCGAGGAAGACCAGCUGGCCAUGUUUGAGGCGGUCAAGAACGGCACCUACGAUCCCCUGGUACUGGACAGCUACGUGCUUGACUACGGGGCAGCUGCCACCUGCGACCUCAUGACUGUGGGCGGCAUUUUCCAGGAGUACUAUGGCGCCGUGGCCUUCCCUUCCAACUUUGACGAGCCGGGGCUGCUCAAAGCAUACAACGACAUCCUCAUAAGCAUCCAGAAGUCGGGUGACAUGGAGUCGAUGUUCAAGCAGUACAUCCAGCCCCCGCAGCCCGCGUGCAAGACGACGGGGGUGCAGCAGGAGACGCAACGGGUGUCUGGGCUGUGGAUGCUGCUGGGCGCCAGCAUCGGCAUCGCGCUGUGCAUUGUGGCGGCCAGCCACGUGAUGGUCAAGGGCGCCAAGAAGGUGGCCGACACAGAGACCUUCCGCUCCUUGCGGGCCACCAGCGUGGCACACCUGCAGCGCAUCUCCACCCGCAGGAGCGCAGCAAGCGGCAGUGGCACCAGCGGCGGAGGCGCGGGCAGCUGGCGCCGGCGGCCGGUCAACAGCUCGGCGUCGACGCUGCCGGGCGCGGGCGGCAGCGGCGCGACCACGACAACCACGGAGCAGCUUGAGGCUGCGUGGUCUGGCGGGGCGCAGCAGCAGCCGCAGCAGCAGCAGCCGCAGACACCGCAGGCACAGGCGGCCAUGGGCCCUGCUCCUAGGCUCAUCAGCUGCACGAUAGAGCUCCCCAGCCUGGCAUCUCGCGGCAGUAGCGGCAGCGGCGAUGGCGGCGGCGGCGGUGAUCAGCCGCAGCAGCGACGGCCGCCGGACGCCGGGCCCACGCCUGCACCGCCUGGCCCCGCUCCCAGCCCAUGCCUGACGGAGGCACAGCUGGCGGCCCCAGCGGCGGUGAGGGACGUGGUGUUUGCGGUGCAGCACCUGGAGCGCCUGCUGCUGCUGCGGAGCCCGGGGCCAGCCACGCCGCCGUGCUGA